AUGGUAUUUAGCGGGCGACCGUCGGGUGCCUGUCACGCCUGCCGAAAGAAGCGCCUAAAGUGUGACCAAUUACGUCCUGGGUGCUCGCAAUGCGCUCGGAAACGCAUCCUAUGCCCAGGGUACAGACCUACGUCCGACUUGCGCAUCAGGGACGAGACUGAACGCGUAGGACUCAAAUCGCGGGCAUAUGGAACAGGAGGCCAGGGUGGCUCGGCUCGAGCCACUUUUGCCGAUGGUACUCAACUGGUAGAAUCCUGGAGAGGAGUCUUGAACUUGAACACGGACGACGACGCCGUAUCCUAUUUCAUGACUUUCUACAUUGUGUCUAGCCCCUUUCAACAGUAUCUACCUGGCAUGUAUGACAGGUGCAGCAAAGUUGGCGAGGCCACCACCUUCUACCUCGCAAUUACGGCCGCUUCUCUCGCAGCCUACGCCCGACAAACUGGACACUGGGGGUGCAUGGACAGAAGCCGGGAAUCCUAUGUUCUUGCUCUGAAUCGAAUCAACAAGUCGCUCACAAACCCCGUGACGGCUGCUCUCGACGAUACACUCGCCUCGAUUCUUCUCUUGGGGACGUUCGAAAGCAUAGUAUUUGCUGGUGCGAGAUCGCCUGAGGAAUGGACUACCCACCUUAUCGGCGCAUCCAAACUUCUCCAGCUCCGAGGGCCAGGACAGUUCAAAUCCACCACCGGCUCUUGCCUUUUCGGCCACACCGCUGCAAACAUAUAUGCUAGUUGCAUGCAGAGAUUUGCGGACCUUCCUGAGGAUUUCCAGGCGCUGAGUAACCUGGCCAAGCCUUUUCUUGAUUCAAAGGAUGUUGGUAAUCGAAUGAGUCCGAUCUUUCAACGAGCGGUUCAUUUAAAAGCGCGCAUUGCCAAUUAUCAGACGAAUAUGCUGGUUUUAUACGAAGUCUUUGACGAUGCAGUUGCUCUUGAGCGGGAGACUGCUACUCUCUUUCGAGCAGACGAUCCAGAGUUUGGAUACACAGUUCGCUCAAAGAAAGACACGCCUUCCUGGGCAUACCAGGGCGCUGCAUAUCGAUACAAAAAUCUUCGGUUAGUCAAAAUCUGGAACACGCUUCGCAUGAUCCGGUUGUUCCUCUUGGAAGUUGCAUCGGCCGGAGCGCGUCUGGCGAUAGAGGAAGUACUACCCGUCCCUGAAACCGAACAUUUCUACCGAGUUGCUCUUCGAGAUGCCGCCUACUAUGCCGCUUUUCGGGAGAACGCUCGCAGACUCGCGGACGAAAUCGCCAAGGAGGUACUCGGCUGCCUGCCCGAGGUCGUUGAGCGGGCGACGUCGGCGGGCCCAAAAUUCUCCGCCUCCUCCAGGUCAAUGGUCUGGCCGUUGAGUGUCAUCCACAAGAACAGAGAGUGCCCUCCACUAGCCAGGGAAUACGCAAGGUCCAUGGCGGGUGAAAUCGUUAGAGAGCUGGACAAAUUGCACUUGGUAGACUCUAGGAAGGUGAUCAAUGGACCUGAAAGUGACCAGGAUUGGUAA